ACAACUCUUUUCAAUAUGUUGACCAAGAGCCUCUUCGCCACCUCUGUGCUUGCGGCAUGUGCUGCCGCCGCUCCCAGGCCAGAUGUGCCAGGCUACACUGGUGCGGAUGCCAGCUUCUCCGUCACCUUUGACCCAGCUGAGACUCCCGCCACGAGCUUUGGUCCUGAUGUCCAGGUUCCUGCCAUCCCGACCACUGCUGGCUCGGCUCCUCCCCGAAGGAGCUCAGACGUAACUGGUGCCACCAGUCACGGCCCUUACUCUGGUACCCCUACUACUACCGGAGCUGAGAAGGCACCUACCACCCUUGGCACUGUCAUUCCUCCUCUUCCACCAAACCCAACGGCUACUUACUAUAACACCAAUGGCAAGCCUCAGGACCCGAUGCCCAUUCCCUACAUGCCAGCUGGUGGUCUCGGCACCAAUGGCACUCUGCCUCGCUACAUGGUGAACAGCGACUUUGACUACGAGUCCAUUGCUCUUGGUCUGUACCAGGAGUGGAUUGAGCUCGAUCUGUUCAACAACGGUCUCGCCGUCUUCUCUGAGCAAGAUUUCCUCGAUGCUGGCCUCACUGCUGAGGACCGCGCCUACAUUGCCUUUAUGGCUGUCCAGGAAACUGGCCAUGCCACUCUCCUUUCCAACAUGCUUGGCGAGACUGCUCCUCCUCAAUGCACAUACGACUACCCAUUCCGCACUGUCCGCGAGUUCAUCGACUUCAACAUGAAGGUGACUCGCUGGGGUGAAUCUGGUGUCUGGGGUUUCAUUGCCCACCUAGACUCUCGCGAGGUCGCCAACAUGCUUUCCCUGUCCAUUGCUACCGAGGCCCGCCAGCAAAUCUCUUUCCGUCAGAUGAUGGGCCUCCCACCCAUGCCCGUAUGGUUUGAGACUGGUAUCCCUCAGUCAUGGGCGUGGACCUACCUUGCCCCAUACAUCAGCUCUUGCCCUCAGAACACCACUCGUCUGGCAUGGCAGAACUUCCCGGCUCUGUUCAUUGACAACCAGCCCAACCCCAACCGCUUCUCUCCCAACGACACCCAGCCAAACGAGGUUGCUGGCCGUCGCCCCUCUGACCCCUCCGACUCUACCAUCCCCGCCGAUGAGAGCUGUGUAAACGUCAACGCCACUGAGCACCCUGGCUACUCAUGCUCCCCUGGCAUUGCACGCAACCGCACCGAGCCCCUCUCUUUCCCCGGCAAGCUCGUCAACUUGACCUGGGAGAACCCCGGUAAGCCUGUUGGCCCCAACAUGUCAUACAUCACCGAUACCGUUGCCGGUGCCCCCGCUUUCGUCGCCUGGGUCUCGCAGCUCAACCUCACCUACACUCCUCUGGAGAUUACCGGCAACAACACUGGAUACACCUACCAGCCUGCCGGCGAAGUCUACGAGGGUGACCCUGCUGCCAACGACACCAUGUUUGUUGCUCUUACCGAUUCUGACCCGUACCUUACUCCUUUCAACCUCAGCAUGAUCAAUCCUCAUGUUGUUGCUCUUGGUCUUUACCAGGCUGGUUAAGUGGAACGUAUUGGAAAUUUAAUGCAUGAAGGCUUAUCAGCCAGUUUAAUCUGACAAUUGUAUGAUUAUUGGAUGAGAGGUAAAAGGAAGUAGUGUAUGAAGUUAUAAUGAUAGUUACCAAUCUAUGAAUC